ACUUUCAAUGUCCAGGUGGUAUCUCCCCUCUGGCUCCAAUCUCCAAUUGUACUCGGUGCUAAUAACGCGUCAGAGUUUAAAAAAUCGUGGUAAGAGCCCAGUGAUGACAGUGCACCAGUCCUGGGGACCCCUGCGUCCGCCCCCAGUACGGGCCUGGGCCUAUGCUACUGCAGGCACUCGCUGCCCAAGUAUCUUCGCUGUCAGCGUCCCCUCCUCCUUCGGCAUCUGCUCUGCAUUAGUCUAUCCCAGGCCUCCGCAGGCGCCGAUGAUUAAAUCAUCAUCAUUAACCAGGGCCUAUUCCCCCCCACCCCCGGCAGCAGGGAGAGAGUGGGGGGUAAGAUUGCCACGUUCCCGGAGGGUCUCUCCCUCCCCACCCCGCCCAAGGCACCCUCUCCGAGACUUCGCGAAGCCGGGAGAAACUCCCGCGGCGGAGCGGAGAAGAAGGCCCGCCACCCGGACGCAGAUCCGCAGUGCGGACGCCGCAGCCGAGCAGGGUCGCGCUGCACGGUGAGGACCCGGGGUCUGGGGCGAGGUCGCGUCCCAGGACGCCCACUCUCCCGGGCAGCAGCGGGCGGCGAUCGGCCGGCCUCGGAGGGCGCAGGCGAUCCAUCACAAGCUCCUGAAGUUGGUCCAGAGGUCCGGCGCGUGCCGUCGGAAGGACGCCCGUGGGGGGCGUGCGAUCCCGGGACCCUGCUCCACGGCCCCCCACUCCCUAAUGACCACGGGGAGGGGGGGGGCCAGCGGGCUCAGGGGGGCCAGAUUGCGAUCGCGAUGAGGCUUCGGAACCAGCUCCAGUCAGUGUACAAGAUGGACCCGCUACGGAACGAGGAGGAGGUCCGAGUGAAGAUCAAAGACCUGAACGAACACAUCGUUUGCUGCCUGUGCGCCGGCUACUUCGUGGAUGCCACCACCAUCACAGAGUGUCUCCACACCUUCUGCAAAAGUUGUAUCGUGAAGUACCUGCAGACCAGCAAGUACUGCCCCAUGUGCAACAUCAAGAUCCACGAGACGCAGCCGCUGCUCAACCUCAAGCUGGAUCGGGUCAUGCAGGACAUAGUGUAUAAGCUCGUACCAGGCUUGCAAGACAGUGAAGAGAAACGGAUUCGGGAAUUCUAUCAGUCCCGAGGCUUGGACAGAGUCUCCCAGCCCAGUGGGGAAGAGCCGGCCCUGAGCAACCUUGGCCUCCCUUUCAGCAGCUUUGACCACUCCAAAGCCCACUACUACCGCUAUGACGAGCAGCUGAGCCUCUGCCUGGAGCGGCUGAGUUCUGGCAAAGACAAGAAUAAAAAUGUCCUUCAGAACAAAUAUGUCCGGUGCUCUGUUAGAGCUGAGGUUCGCCAUCUCCGAAGGGUUCUGUGUCACCGCCUAAUGCUAAAUCCACAACAUGUACAGCUCCUUUUUGACAAUGAAGUUCUCCCUGACCACAUGACAAUGAAGCAGCUCUGGCUGUCCCGCUGGUUCGGCAAGCCGUCUCCUUUGCUUUUACAGUACAGUGUGAAAGAGAAGAGGAGGUAGGGGCCAGUCCUGCUUCCACCCCUCCCCACCCCUCCCCAGAUAUUUAUGUGAAAUUAACUGUGUCUUUAUUUUUUGAAAUAAAAGCUUUUAAAAAGCA